CCGUCACUCAUAUCUGGCAAACAUGCAAAAUGGCUGCCAGCAUCAAACAACAACUCACUCAGUUGAUGAAUUUAUCACAUUCAAGUGGCUCACAUAAAGAUGUUACAGAAAAGUAUAAAUCUAUCCUGGAAAAUGUUGUAAAGACCGGCGGACCUGAACUGAUUCCUUCACUUCAAGCCUUCAUUGAAGCUUUGGUGAGCGAAGGGGUGAGUCUGGUCAUCUCACGGCAGAUUCUGACAGAUUUUACCACACAGCUGCCAAGAGUGCCAGACAAUGUUGCGAAGGAAGUAUCUCAUUUCACACUGGAGAAGAUUCAGGCUCGAGUCAUUUCAUUUGAGGAACAGGUGGCUGCUAUAAGACAACAUCUUGCAAAUAUUUAUGAGAGAGAAGAGAGCUGGAGAGAAGCUGCCAAUGUUUUAGUCGGCAUUCCAUUAGAGACAGGACAAAAGCAGUACAGUCCUGAUUACAAAUUGGAAACAUAUUUGAAAAUAGCUCGACUGUUUCUCGAGGAUGAAGAUGCAAAUCAAGCUGAUGCCUACAUAAACAGAGCAUCAUUGCUGCAAGCAGAGUCAAAGAAUGAAGAGCUGCAAAUCUUGUACAAGGCUUGCUACGCAAGGGUCUUAGACUUCCGAAGGAAGUUUAUAGAGGCUGCCCAAAGGUAUAACGAACUUUCCUACAAGAGUGUGGUGUCUGAAGACGAGCGUAUGACUGCCUUGAAAAGUGCCCUCAUUUGUACAGUUUUAGCAUCUGCAGGACAACAGAGAUCUCGAAUGUUAGCAACUCUCUUCAAAGAUGAAAGAUGCCAGCAGUUACCAGCAUAUAAUAUACUUGAGAAAAUGUACCUGGACAGAAUUAUCCGCAGCAGCGACUUGGUUGACUUUUCUGCAUUGCUGUUACCUCAUCAGAAGGCCAUCACUCCCGACGGCUCCACGAUUCUCAACCGAGCGGUCACCGAACAUAACCUGUUGUCUGCCAGCAAACUCUACAACAACAUUUCCUUCGAGGAACUUGGUGCAUUGUUGGAGAUUCCACCUUCCAAGGCUGAGAGCAUUGCUUCACAGAUGAUUACAGAAGGGCGUAUGAAUGGAUAUGUGGAUCAGAUAGACUCAACUGUUCAUUUUGAAGCCAGAGAAACUUUACCCAUGUGGGACCGUCAAAUUCAGAGUUUAUGUUUCCAAGUCAACACCAUCAUUGAAAAGAUUUCCACAGCAGAGCCAGAAUGGUUUGCAAAAGCAAUGGACAAAUGCUCAGAUUAGACUGCGAUAUAUAAUCUUCGUUUGUCGUAUUUGUUCAAUAACAAUAAGAAGUCUGCACUGGCCAAACUGGAUCAACUGACAAAAGGAAAGAAGUCAAGGUGCUUUUCUUGCUGCUGUAAUUCAAGCUGAAACACCAUGUCACAAUGACAAAGCCAUCAUAUCAUUUUGUGAAAGCUUCUUAUCGAAAGUGAGAACAUGUUCAAAUUGAUUUUGUUUUUGCUUUUCUAUUAUAAAGGUGAGUACUGUGACCUGACACUGACGUAAAGUAAGAAAAAUAAAUUUUCUUGGCUUGUUAUUUAUAUGAUUGUGAAUGGGUAUUUCGUUAGUUGGUAUAGUAUGUUCUUGUACAUUACAUUCUAUAUCACUGGUGAAUGUGAUUUUUUUGAGGGCAUAGAUAAUAUGUAUGAAUGCCUCAGUGGAACUAGUUUUUGUAACCAAUUUGUUGUCCUUCCUUCUGUGCCGAGUUGACUGCAAUGUGGAGCCAUGUUUUCUGUGCGUGUCCUGCUGGAUUUUAUCACAUAAAAUGUCACAAGGGGGUUCCCUCAGCUAAUGAAAAAUGGACACUGAUGUGAAUUCUACGUGAAAGAAUGAAUCCUACUGAAAAAUAAUCAAAUUAAAUGUCAGUCAAAGAGUAGGCUUGGUAUAUUUCUCUGUAUUGAUUAGGUGGUUUUUCUUGUCAAGCCUCAGUCUUAACAGCGGAUGGUUGGAGAGCGCCACUGCUAGGUCUUACUUUUUUACUUUCCCUCUGUUGUUACUGUCUGUCUUACAUUUUCCUAACACUAAAUGGUCAUUAUUGUGACAGUGUGCUUCUAUCUUCUCAAGCCAACAAACAAAACAGUCUGGAAAACCUGUGUAUUAAAAAAAAUUGCUAAUGCACUCUAAAAUGUAUACCUUUUCUUUAUCACUCUGAGGGUGGCUGAUUUUGAGAAAGCAGAGGUGGACAGACUAGUUUGAUAAGAGUGAUGAUGGCAUCUCAUUGGAUGAGUCAUUUCUCGGGGAAAAUACUUUAAUGGAAAAACUGUAGAGCAUACCACACACACCCCCCCCCCCUACUUUCCCCCUGGAGAAGAGCCACAGAUUCACUUAGACCCAGUGAAAGUGAAUAUGCUAGAGUAUUCCUAAUGUUCAAUUCUUUCUUUCCUAUGUUAAGAAUGAAUUAUUGUUAUAAAUUAGUUUUCAAGCUUUUGUAACUCUGUUCCAUGCUACUCUUUGAAGAAAAAUGCUUACCUUCAUUCAAAGUUGCAUUCUGGAGUAGGAAAUACACUAGGCCUUGCAUAUUUAUGUGGUACAGUGAUCAAAAUACCUAAGCCAUCAUAUAUUGCAGCUUUUUUUUCUUGACUUAGGAUAGUGUUUUCUUGCAAUAGUAGUAGCAGUGUAUUAAAACUAUUAAAUACUUUCUAGUGUGGGAUUAAUUAAAUUGUUUCUUCCAUGACUUUUUGUGAGUUAAAAUCCAUGUCUUGAAAACAAGUACAAAACUUUUGUGAAUGCUGAAUAAAGAUUUGCGAUAAAAAAAGA